AUGUCUUCACAGCUGUCGGAAAAGUUGCAAGUUGAAAAGACCUGUACAGAGGUAUCUAAGCUGAAUAGCAAAUCAAAGAGCAGCAUUGAUAGUGAGGAUGAGAGUUUGGAAUGUGAUCUUGAUGAUGAUGAUGAUGAAGAUGAAGAAAUACUCUUGCCGCUGCAAGAAAUUUUGACUUCAAGUCGCCAGCCAGAGUUGGGAACCCUUGAAGGAGACUGUCUUGAAAAUCUCUCACAAAACACCAUGAGUCCAUCACUGAAGCUUCCUCUUUCUAAGCCUCCUGUUGUUAGCCAAGUGUCUUAUGUGAACAGCUUAGAGCACAUUUUGAAGGAGAAAGAAGAAUCUAAAAGGGUAGAUGAACUAGAAAAACAGUUACAGGAAGACAUACAGAGAACAGAAACAAAUUCUUCAGAUGGGGAUGAGGAGGAGGAUACCUUUGCUGAUGGAGAUCUCUCAGAAGAACACAGGGCGUUUAUAAAGAGAUUUUCAAUAACAGCUCAUGCCAUACCUGACUACCACCCUGGAGAAGAUAUAUUUGACUUGGCAAUGUCUGGAAAAAUCUUCAAUCAGCACAACCUUGACUUGAGGAAUUUUUAUUUCAUACCUCAAAAUCCUAUAGAAAAACUCCUCCUUAGUUCUGGUGCUGCACAGCAGCUCUCUUUAGCUGUUCAUGGCUUUCUGAGUUCUGCUUACAGUCGUAUCGUGUGCCCCAUACCAAUUCUGAGGUGGCUCUUCCAGAUGAUGUCUGUUCACUCUGACUAUUGUGUUUCCACACAGAUAUUAGACAAAUUGAUGGAAAUAAUACUAAAAAAUGCUUCCAUCAGUGAUGAACAGUCUAAGCCCUGGAUCCCUUCACUAGCUGAUGUGUCAGCUGUUUUUGUCAAUAUGGGUGUUGCGUUUAGAUCUCUCUUUCCAUUGCAGCAUCUUCAGCCCAACUUUAACGAGUGUGAUAUUUUAAGUCACGUGCAAGAAACAGUGAGCAAAAAAGAGCUAAGAGGAGAUCUCCUCACUACCAGACCAGCCUUCACUGCUGUCCCAGAAACCAAUCUAAUUAAUGUGAUCAAGUUUCUAGGCUUUUGUAUAACAGUCUGUCAAGGUGGAUAUACUGAUCAAGAAAUAGUGCUUCUGCUUCUAUCACUGUUUAAAAUAAGCUUGGAGAAACAAUUAAAGCAAAUUCCCUUGAUAGAUUUUCAGUGCCUUUUCGUAAAGCUUCUGAAAAGUAUAAAAGACUGGGAUGCAAAGAUGCCUGAGCUCUGCCUGGCAGUGAAUGAACUCUCUAGUCAGCACCAUAACCUCCUGUGGCUGGUUCAGCUGGUCCCCAGCUGGAUAAUACGUGGCAGGCAAGUAAGAAGACGUCUUAGUCUGGUGAUAAUUUCGAAGCUUCUAAAUCAAAACCAUGUAAGAAUACCUGAUACCAGUGAUGAGCAGAUGUCUCUUCUGCGUCAGUAUCUGGUGUGCAUGAAACCUUCUAAUCUGCUAAAGAUGACAAGAGAAAGAUUAGAGCAGCAGAAUGAUGUCAGCGGAGAGCACCUCCAUUCAGACCUAGAACAGCAGACGUACUACCUAGUCUACAUCCUGCUUCAUCUAGUCAGCGAAGCUAGUUUCUUUGACGUUGUAAAUUCUAAUCAAAGGGAACACUUACUGAAGCUUUGUGGUGCCUUAGAUAAGCACAUAAAAUGUGAUAUUAGGGAAGAUGUGAGGCUGUUUUAUCGAUCUAAGGUGAAGGGCUUGGUUGCUAGGAUAUAUGGGAAAUGGCAAGAUAUGAUACAAAACACUCGGCCUACUCAGGGAAAACUGCAUGAUUUCUGGGAGCCAGAUUUGUGAAAGCUUGCCUAGUUCAGGGACAAUAGCAGAAAAAAAGUGAACAAGGAUCUUUCCUGAAGGCGAGGAAGAUAUAGAAUGAAUGGAGCUACACUUCGUUUGGAACAGAGGAAAUCAGAUGCCGGAAUCAAAACUUGAGCUU